CAUUUGGAUCCCCAACAGCUGUUCAGUAGUGUCUCAAAUAAGUUUGUUUUUGACGGAGGUGCACGAAAAGUUAUACAUGGAAGAAGUGUGCCGCGCCUGCAUGACCAGUACAGUAGCAUUGCUGAACAUAUUCGCCGAUCAGCAGCAUCCCAGUUUGGCCGACAUGCUCAACGAGUGCGUCGCCUGUGCGAUCAAGUUGGAGGAUGAGCUUCCCAAGAAAAUCUGCCUUGCGUGCAUCUGCGAUGUGAAAGCAGCAUUUGAAUUCAAGCGCAGAUGUGAGAAGAGCCAUCAGGUGCUGAGCUCACAAUUAAGAAAAGGUGAGAUGAAGCUGGAAGCGCCAGAAGAAGACAUCCACCCGGAACCGGAGCAUUUGAUAAAUGAGGAAUGCGACACAGAAAAAAGCAGUAAAAGGGAUGAAUUGUCCCAUAUCCCGGAUUCUGAACCAAGGCAAAAAGAAGCUGAUGUGCAGUCCGAACUAUUGAUAACAGAAAACUGGGAGCUGGCUGAGAGCGAUAUAGAUCUGGGCUGUGUCAAGGUUGAACAUGAUGAAGACAUUAUCAACGAGCAACAAAAGGAAUCAAGUGCAACAGCUCCCCCCAAAGAACUGAGCACUAUCGCAUCCGAUGCCAAAAAGAGUCAGUUUUUGUGUCCACACUGUGCGAAAAGCUUUACGCAGAGUUCACAUCUGAAUGCUCACAUUCGUACGCACACGGGAGAAAGACCCUAUAAGUGCCCGCACUGCCCCAAGGCCUUCAGUCAGGCCUCCAAUUUGCGCAAACACAUAUGCAUCCAUUCGGGAGAGCGUCCCUUCAAGUGUCCACACUGUACGCGAGCAUUUACACGGCACACGGAUCUUCAGUAUCACAUUUCCACGCAUCCGGGCAAACAGGUGUACAAGUGCACCCACUGCACCAGGUAUUUCAUCGAGCAGAGUGAACUGGACGAGCACAUGCGCUAUCAUAAUGGCGAAAGGACGUACAAGUGCACAGAUUGCUCGAGGGAGUUCUCCUCUGCCUGGCAACUCCAGCGACAUAUUCGCACCCAUACCGGCGAACAUCCGUUCAAGUGUCCGCACUGCCCGAAGAAUUGUAUAGACAAAGGCGAUCUGGGCAGACACAUCCGAUCUCAUACCGGGGAGCGUCCAUAUAAGUGUCCACACUGCCCCAAAGCAUUCACCCGGGCCGCUUAUCUCAAAUCACACAUUAGCACUCAUCCGGAAAUUCUCAUUUAAGUUAAAUACUCUACAGAAAUCCCUCCACUUUCAAUAAUAAUAAAUGAGAUCUGAUCUGAUUUUCGCAAUUUUUUUAUACUAA